GCAACACGAGGCUCAUUUGUGCACCUUCUCCACUGUUUCUAAAUUCUAUCUAAACUUUUAUCCUCUUCAUCUUCUUCUUUAUUUCCUUCAUUUCUUCUUCGUUAAACCCUAUAAUAAUUCUCCAUUCCAAAAACGCCGUCGUUUGCCGCAGCCAUGAAACCUUCUCUCUUAACAACCUCUUCUCCGACGUCAUCCGCUCCGCCUUUUCUCUCCCCUCUCCGUCUCACGACCCCGUCAUCUCUUACCCUCGAUAAACGACGCCGUUACCGAGUUUCAAUUCCUCGGAACUCAUCGGACCAAUCAACUGAUGCCACGUCGGACGAUUCUACUACCUCAGAUAAAUCCAGAGUGUUUGGAGGGAAGAGAGAGCUCACUGGAAUUCAGCCUGUGGUGGCUAAUCUGUCACCGCCUGUUAGAUUAGCAACCUCAGCUAUUAUUCUUGCUGGUGCUGUUGCUGCUGGUUAUGGAUUAGGGUUUAAGUUUGGUAAGAGCCGUAAUUUAGCUUUAGGUGGCGCUGCUGGUGCUGGUGCUGCUGGAGCUGCUGUUGCCUUUGCUAUUAAUUCUUGCGUCCCUGAAGUUGCGGCGACCGAUUUGCAUAAUUAUGUUGCGGGAUUCGAUGAUCCAAAAGCUGUUAAAAAGGAGGAUAUUGAGCAAAUUGCCAAAAGAUACGGUGUGAGCAAGCAGAACGAGGCAUUUAAUGCCGAGCUUUGCGAUAUUUAUUGCCGGUUUGUGUCAUCUGUCCUCCCACCGGGAAGUGAAGCGCUUAAAGGAAAUGAAGUUGAAACAAUAAUCAACUUUAAAAAUGCAUUGGGUAUUGAUGACCCUGAUGCUGCCAAUAUGCAUGUUGAGAUUGGUAGGCGGAUUUUUAGGCAAAGGCUUGAAACUGGAGACCGUGAAGGUGAUAUAGAGGAGCGACGGGCAUUUCAGAAGUUGAUUUAUGUAUCAACUCUUGUUUUUGGAGAUGCAUCAUCUUUUCUUUUACCUUGGAAACGUGUAUUCAAGUUUACAGACUCUCAGGUUCAGAUUGCAAUUCGUGAUAAUGCCCAGAGGUUGUAUGCUUCAAGGCUGAAGUCUAUAAGUAGAGAUAUCGAUGUUGAGGAGCUUGUAAGCCUCAGGCAAGCACAACUUCAGUAUCGACUUUCUGACGAGCUUGCAGAGGACUUGUUCAGGCAGGAAAUGAGAAAACUAGCUGAAGAGAAUAUAUCAGCAGCAUUGAAUGUCCUAAAGUCCCGGACUAAAGCUGUCGAUGGUGUCAAGCGGGUUAUAGAAGAGCUUGAUACAAUAUUGGCAUUCAAUAAUAACCUUAUUUCAUUAAAGAAUCACGCUGAUGCAGCUUCCUUUGCCCGUGGUGUUGGCCCAAUAUCUUUACUAGGUGGCGACUAUGACAAUGAGAGAAAGAUGGAUGACUUGAAGCUCCUUUAUAGAGCAUAUAUCACAGAUGCUUUAUCUGGUGGUCGUAUGGAAGAAAAUAAGCUUGCAGCAUUGAAUCAGUUGAGGAAUAUAUUUGGUUUAGGGAAAAGGGAAGCAGAAGCAAUUACACUUGAUAUUACCUCAAAGGCAUACCGUAAACGACUUGCACAGGCAGUUUCCAGUGGUGACUUGGGAAAGGCAGAUAGCAAAGCUGCCUUCCUUCAAAAUCUGUGUGAAGAGUUGCACUUUGAUGCAGGAAAGGCAACUGCGGUACAUGAAGAAAUUUAUCGGCAAAAGCUCCAGCAAUGUGUGGCUGAUGGAGAGCUUAGUGAAGAGGAUGUUGUUGCUUUGAACCGUUUGCGUGUCAUGUUCUGCAUUCCCCAACAAACUAUUGACGCCUGUCACUCUGACAUAUGUGGCACUUUGUUUGAAAAGGUGGUCAAAGAAGCAAUUGCUUCAGGUGUUGAUGGUUACGAUAUGGAUGUGAAGAAGGCAGUGAGAAAGGCAGCUCAUGGCUUGCGAUUAACACGGGAUGCUGCUAUGUCAAUUGCCAGUAAAGCUGUUCGGAAGAUUUUCAUGAACUAUAUAAAGCGAGCACGAACAUCCGACAAUCGAACCGAGGCUGCCAAAGAACUAAAGAAAAUGAUUGCAUUCAAUACGUUGGUUGUAACUGAACUGGUGGCUGACAUUAAAGGGGAAUCUUCUGAUACUCAAUCAGAAGAACCUUCAAAGGAGGAAGAGAAAGAUAUUAAAGAGGAUGAGGAAUGGGAUGAUGAAGAGUGGGAGUCCAUCGAGACUCUUAGGAAAGUAAAGCCCAGUGAGCAACUUGCUGCGAAGAUGGGUAAGCCAGGCCAGACAGAGAUAAAUGUCAAAGAUGAUCUUCCUGAAAGAGAUAGGACAGACCUUUAUAAGACAUAUCUGCUAUACUGUCUAACUGGGGAGGUGACCAGGAUUCCUUUUGGUGCUCAAAUCACCACAAAAAAGGAUGAUUCCGAGUAUGUUUUCCUAAAUCACCUUGGUGGCAUUUUGGGUUUGACUGUAAAGGAAAUUGUGGAAGUACAUAGGGGCCUCGCUGAGCAAGCUUUCAGGCAACAAGCUGAGGUUAUUUUAGCUGAUGGACAGUUGACAAAAGCCAGGAUCGAUCAGCUUACUGAGGUACAGAAACAAGUUGGCUUACCACCAGAUUCUGCGCAGAAGGUAAUUAAGAGCAUUACAACAACAAAAAUGUCAGCUGCCCUUGAAACUGCUAUAAGUCGUGGAAGGCUUAAUAUACAACAGAUAAGAGAACUGAAGGAAGCAAAUGUUGAUUUGGACAACAUGAUAUCUGAGAGGUUACGAGAGAACCUGUUCAAGAAAACAGUGGAUGAAAUUUUCUCAUCAGGUACUGGUGAAUUUGAUAAAGAGGAGGUCUUUGAGAAAAUCCCUGCAGAUCUCAAAAUCAAUGUUGAGAAGGCAAAAGGCGUCAUUGAUGCGCUCGCAAAGGCAAGAUUAUCAAACUCACUAAUUCAGGCUGUGGCACUACUGAGGCAGAGAAAUCAUAAAGGAGUGGUUUCGACUCUUAAUGACCUGCUGGCUUGUGACAAAGCUGUGCCUUCAGAGCCAUUGACAUGGGAGGUGCCGGAGGAGCUAGCUGAUUUAUUUACAAUAUAUAUGAAAAAUGAGCCAGCGCCGGAAAAGCUGUCCCGCUUGCAGCAGCUGCUGGGAAUAAGCGAUUCAACAGCUGCUGCUCUCGGUGAGAUGAAAGAUAGAGUAUCAUCAGUUGGCGCAGAAGAAGAGGAGUUUGUAUUCUAACUGGCAUAAUAACUGUGUUAGACAUGCAGAAUUAGCGAGUGAUUUCAGGUUCUGCCCAUUUGAAGAUUAUGAUUCUUUUGGAGGGGUUGUUCCUAGUGUAACAUAUGUUGAUGAAAUUUUGAUAGGCACUAAAUUAGGUAUAGAUUUGUUGAAUCCACUAUUUCAGAGUAUAUUUGGCUUUCAAUAAAUUUCCAAAAAUAUGUUUAGUGGUUGUUGCUUAAA